AUGGAUACCAAGGACUGUACAACAACAACGAUUUCUUGUUCAACGCCACACCAAGGCUGCUCUAGGAUUACAGAUUUUCGGACCAUUUCUUCUAAUGCCAGCUGCCAACAUGGUGGUCUUGAAGCCAACAGCAGCCAACCAACUGGCCAUGUUCUGAGGGCUGCCAGACCCACUCCUUGCUUUUACUUCACACCCAUCUGCUUAAUAAGCAACUUCAAUACCUGUCCCCUUUUGGAUGACUACAGCUGGUGCGGUGAAGGCAUCAACAGUAACGAGAAAGAGACCAUGCAAAUCUUGAACAAGCGCCUUGCUAACUACCUGGAGAAGGUGCGGAUCUUGGAACAAGAGAAUGCUGCACUGGAGUGCAAAAUCCAGGAAGAGUGUAACAAAGAGCUCUGUGUUGUAUGUCCUGACUACGUGUCCUACUAUGCUACCAUUGAGGAGCUCCAGCAGAAGAUCUUGUGUACCAAGGCUGAGAAUUCCAGACUGGUCUCACAAAUUGACAACACCAAACUGGCUGCUGAUGACUUGAGAGCCAAGUAUGAAGCCGAGGUGUCCAUACGCCAGCUGGUGGAGGCAGACGCCAAAGGCCUACAGCAGAUCCUGAAUGCGCUGACCCUGGCCAAGGCCGACCUGGAGGCACAAGUCAAGUCUCUGAAGGAGGAGCUCCUCUGCCUCAAAAACAACCAUGAAGAGGAAAUCAAUUCCUUACAGAGCCAGCUUGGGGACAGACUCAACAUUGAAGUGAUCGCUGCCCCUUCUGUUGAUCUAAACCGGGUUCUACAAGAAAUGAGAUGUCGGUAUGAGUCCAUCAUGGAGACAAACCACAGAGAAGUGGAACAAUGGUUCAACACACAGAUGGAGGGGCUGAACCAGCAGGUGGUGACCAGCUCUCAACAGCAGCAGUGCUGCCUGAAGGAGGUCACUGAACUGAAACGCACCGUGAAUGCCCUGGAGAUUGAACUUCAGGCCCAGCACCGAAUGAGAGAUUCCCAGGGAUGUAUCCUGGCAGAGACAGAGGCCCGCUACACAGCCUUACUGGCCCAGAUCCAGUGUCUGAUUGAUAACGUGGAGGUUCAGCUGGCAGAGAUCCGGUGUGCCCUGGAAAGACAAAACCAAGAAUACGAGAUUCUGCUGGAUGUCAAGUCUCGGCUGGAGUGUGAGAUUGCCACAUACCGCAGCCUUCUGGGGAGUUCAGAUGUCAAGCUUCCCUGUAACCUGUGUGCCACCAAAUGUGAGCCUUCCAGUAAGGCCUGUGCCAUGGAAUGCACAGCCCCAGUUCACAGUACAUCAUCAGCUUCCCGCGGGACACACGAGCCCUGCAGUGCCUACAGAGCCCUGCCCCGAAUACUGGUUAAAAUCUUCACCAUCACUCAGGAGAUUAAGGAUGGCAAAAUCAUUUCUUCUCAUGAGCAUGUGCAGCCUUGCUUCAUCAUCAGAACUGUCAGAGUCUAA